AUGGCGGCUGUAAGCGGCCCCGCGCGGCACUCUCGCGUCUCCAUGAGUGUGUCCAUGUCGCUGAUGCAGGGCGGUACGCAGAGCGCGCCGCAGGGCGCCAUCCUGGCGGCGGCGGCGCCCUACUACCAGACGCCGGCCAUACCCACAGACGUGCAGCCCGAUCGUCCUAUAGGCUACGGCGCCUUCGGAGUAGUAUGGGCAGUGACAGAUCCGCGCGAUGGCCGCCGCGUGGCUCUCAAGAAGUUGCCGAACGUGUUCCAGUCGCUCGUAUCAUCCAAACGCGUCUUCCGUGAGCUUAAAAUGCUCUGCUUCUUCAAACAUGAAAAUGUAUUAUCGGCGUUAGACAUACUCCAGCCGCCAAGCCUCGACUUCUUCCAAGAAAUCUAUGUGAUCACGGAACUUCUGCAGAGUGACCUGCACAAGAUUAUAGUUUCGCCGCAACACCUCUCAGCUGACCACAUCAAAGUCUUCCUCUACCAAAUACUAAGAGGUUUGAAAUACCUUCAUUCCGCCCGCAUUCUUCACCGCGACAUCAAGCCGGGGAAUCUUCUAGUGAACAGUAAUUGUGUUCUAAAGAUAUGCGAUUUUGGUCUAGCAAGAGUCGAGGAGCCGGAUGUCACUAAGAACAUGACACAAGAGGUCGUCACACAGUAUUAUAGAGCUCCUGAAAUUCUAAUGGGCGCGAAUCAUUACACGGCGGCGGUAGACGUAUGGUCGGUCGGUUGUAUUUUUGGGGAACUUCUAGGGCGACGCAUUCUGUUCCAAGCGCAGAGUCCUGUACAACAGCUGGAGUUAAUAACCGAACUGCUUGGAACUCCUUCGUUGGAGGACAUGCGGUAUGCCUGCGCAGGCGCACGUGCCCACAUGUUGCGACGAGCGCCGCGGCCCCCAGCGCUUGCAGCGCUUUACACUCUAUCCGUACAAGCGACUCACGAGGCUGUACAUCUAUUAGCGCAGAUGUUAGUAUUCGAUCCAGCGAAGCGUAUAACAGUGGUGGACGCGCUAGCACAUCCGUAUUUAGAGGAGGGUAGACUUCGUUAUCACUCGUGUAUGUGCAAGUGUUGCUAUAGCGCCCCUCCAGCCGCUAGGCACUACUCGCCUGACCUUGAACCGGUCGCACCACACGCCUUUCACGACGGCUGGGAGAGGAAACUCACUUCUGUACAUCAGGUUAAAGAAGAGAUCCACAAGUUCAUAGCGGAACAGCUCCAGACGUCCCGCGUGCCGCUGUGCAUCAACCCACAGUCCGCCGCGUUCAAGAGCUUCGCAAGUGCAUGGUCUAAUAUGGCCGCGUGUCUGUGUGAUACGCGGCCGUGUGGGUGUCACGUGCGGUGUGUAAGACGGCCGCUGUUGCAGCUCCACGGUCGCGCACCCAUCAGAGCUGCCCCCGUCGCCGCACCAGUGGGAAUGACAAAAGACCGCCCCCAAUGA